UGGGGGGGCUCUUGCAAAGGGAAGAAAGAUUUAUGAAAUGAUAGGUGGUCGAGCUUUGUUUGGCUGGACUCUUGCGCGCAAUAAGUCGAGGGGUUUUGGUGUUUCCUCCACUUGAGGGAUUAUUAAGGAGGUUCAUGGCCACCCGGUGCGCCACAGAGCUCCACUUAGCGCCGCUGUGACAUCCAGCGGAGCCACCGUGUCAAGCUAAAGCCCUGGACACUCAGUCUCCAGUGGAUAACCAACUCCCCCCUCUCUCUUCCUCUUCCUCUCUGUCAGAGCGCCGUGCGUCAAGGGAGAAUCGUGCGUAACGGGAGAGUCGUGCGUAACUGGAGACAGAUUCCACUCCAUUUUGCACUGGGAUUCUGAGUACCACUGGCGGUGCAACACUCACUUGCAAGGACACUGACCACUGGAUCCCGACAUACUUCUCUUUUCUAACUCCUCUCAGCCCGUCUUUUUUUCCCUCCCUUCCCCUCUUGUAGUCUUUACGCCAGUCGUACGUCAGAGCUGACAUGACGACCGAGACCCCUCAGCAGCAGCUGGACCCUCCGCCUCCUCUGAGAUCCAGCCCGGCGUCUGGAGUGCUGCACCCCGCCAUGCUGAGCCCACAAGCCGCCUCAGAAAGUUCGUCCACUCCCGUCAAAGGAAAAAAGACCAGCUCCGGUUUAAGGCGACCGGAAAAACCGCCGUACUCCUACAUCGCUCUUAUCGUUAUGGCAAUACAGAGCUCCCCAACCAAACGACUGACACUCAGUGAAAUCUACCAGUUCCUGCAGGCUCGCUUCCCAUUCUUCAGGGGUUCAUAUCAGGGCUGGAAAAACUCCGUCCGGCACAAUCUGUCCCUUAAUGAGUGCUUCAUCAAACUGCCCAAAGGGCUGGGCCGGCCGGGGAAAGGCCACUACUGGACCAUCGAUCCGGGCAGCGAGUUCAUGUUCGAGGAGGGCUCAUUUCGACGCAGACCCAGAGGCUUCAGGAGAAAAUGUCAAGCUCUGAAGCCCAUGUAUCGGAUGAUGAACGGCAUAGGCUUCGGCACCUCCAUCCUCCCGCAGAGUUUUGACUUCCAGGCUCCAUCCGCCACUCUGGCCUGUCACAGUAACAGCUACAACUUGGACAUGAUGAGCAAUUCAAUGGCCGGGGGCUACGACGGGCUGAGCGGCGGCCACCACGUACCCCACAUGUCCCCGAGCCCCGGAUCCACGUACAUGGCGAGCUGUCCCGUGCCGCCGAACGGGGACUACGGACCGGACAGCAGCAGCAGCCCCGUACCGUCCUCUCCGGCCAUGGCCAGUGCGCUGGACGGCCACUCCCCGUACGCUGGAUCAUCGGCGCACUGGGCGUCCUCCGGCGGGUCCCCCUACAUCAAACAGCAGCCUCUAGCCUCCAGCAGCCCCGCAUCCUCUGGUUUACACUCCGGCAUGUCCCCUUACUCCUUGGAGCAGAGCUAUCUCCACCAGAACGGCAGGGACAGCCACGCCACUGACAUCUCAGUGGGGAUUCCACGUUAUCAGAGCCAUUCCUCCGUGUGCGACAGGAAGGACUUUGUGUUGAACUUUAACGGCAUCUCGUCCUUCCACCCCUCGGCUGGAGGGUCUUACUAUCACCAUCACCACCAUCACCAUCCCCAGAGCGUGUGUCAGGACAUCAAACCGUGCGUGAUGUGAUCUGCGUGUCUGUGGACUGGGAACAGACGGACACAGUGUGACUGCAGCUCCGUCACAACACAACAAACAAGCGGACAUUACUUUUUUUUUUUUUUUUUUUUUUUGGAAGGAUGUAAACCAGGAUGUAUGCAGUGUUCGUUUUUCACCUGUGUGCCUCCUGCAGCCAAAUCAGCUUAUUUUUGGUUGGACUUGACAAAACUAUGCAUUGAAGGAAGUGAAUGAAGAAACCCCAGAGGCCUUUAAGAAAACCACUUUACCUAUAUGAACCCUGACAAGCCUUUUUUUUCUCUUUAAAAGAAGUUUCAGAAACACAAUUUUUAAUGUGUUUGCUCUUGUAACAUGUGCAAACAAAUUAUAUUCUUUGUAACUUUGUCCUAUCCUAUUAGUGUAACUACACACGACGCUUUAGGCUAACAAGAACUGCAACAAACCUUGCACUUAUUGUAUAACCCUUUGCCAACUUUUUGUCUUGUAAAAGGUUUCAAUAAAGCUGAUAUAUAUUUUAGGCUAUA